AUGUCGGUUGACGCAAGUUUCUUCCGCAGCACAGUCAAGGAUCGGUGCAUCUACGAUGGCGCGUCGAUGCAGGCCGGAAACAACACCAUGAGCGGAAACCUCUGCGCAUACGUAGAAGGCGAGACCAGGGUCUGGGCGUGUUCAGCCUCGGACAGUGUUCAGCCAGUGGCUCCGACUAGUGCUGCAGAGCGCGCAUUAUCCAGUGCUACCGUCGCUAACGACUGCUUCGGCGGCGGGAUCUACAGCCACUGGGUCCUCAUCAUCAGGACUCACAGCCACCGAAUCCCCCACGGCCUCGGGUUCUUCGGUGGCAGGAUCUACAGCUACUGA